AUGCUAUCUCGCGUGGCUUUGCGUUCAGUAGUGGCUCGGCAGUCAGCCCCCACAGCCCUUGUAGCCCGCACUUCGUCCACUGAUGCCUGUGGAGUACGAGAUGAGAAGAACUUUCCUAGACCCGUGAGAGGUGAACCUGGCAAAGUUAGGCUUGGUUUCAUCCCAGAAGAAUGGUUUCAAUUCUUCCAUUCAAAAACAGGAGUGACAGGACCAUACACAUUCGGCGCUGGUCUGGUAACAUACCUGUUCAGCAAAGAAAUCUAUGUAAUGGAACAUGAAUACUAUACUGGUCUUUCUAUUUUUGUUAUGGUCUACUAUGCUACCACUAAGUUUGGCCCUAAAGUUGCAUCAUGGCUGGACAAGGAAGUUGAUCAAAUAGAAACUGACCUCAACCAAGGAAGAGUAGACACCCUAAAAUCACUGGAAGAGGGUAUUGCAACAGAAAAGGAUGCUCAAUGGCGUGCCCAAGGCCAGGAACUGCUUAUUCAGGCUAAGAAAGAAAAUGUACUUCUACAGUUAGAAGCUGUUUACCGUGAACGCCUUAUGAAUACCUACCAGGAGGUCAAGAAACGACUGGACUUCCAACUCGAGAAGGCAGCGCUUGAACGCCGCUUUGAACAGAAGCAUCUUGUUGACUGGGUAAUCACCAAUGUCAGUAAGGCUAUUACUCCUGAUCAAGAGAAACAGAACUUGGACCGUUGCAUUGCUGACCUAGCAGCUAUGGCUCGCAAGUGA